UUUUUUUUUCAACACAUGUCGGAUCUGUCUAUCGUAAAAAAAUUUAGCACGUGGUCGUGUGUAUUUUAAUAAUAAAUUAAUAGCAAAAUUAAAUAAUAAAUCAUCAUGAAGUUACUUGAUGAACCUGUUUUAUCAAAUCUUCAUGCAGAUUAUGGAAAACAUCCAGACAAACAAAAUCCAUCACUUCAAGCACUUGGUGAACCACAUGUAAAUUCAUUCAACUAUAUGUUAGAUAAUGGCUUAGAUGAUGCCAUUAAAGACAUACUACCAGUACAUUUAAAAUUAAAAAAUGGAGAUAAAAUAAAAUUAUGGAUUGCUGAUGGUACAAUUGAUAAACCACGAGUUUUACCAGUAUCAAAUGGUACAAAAUCAAUGAUGCCAAAAAAUACAAAAUAUUAUCCAUCAGAAUGUCGUCAACGUGCAUCAACUUAUAAAGGUAAAUUUACCAUUAAAGUUGGCUGGUCAAUUGAUGAUCAAGAACAAGAAUUUAUUGAAAAAGAUUUAGGUGAAAUACCAAUAAUGGUUAAAUCAAAUCGUUGUCAUUUACUAAGAUCAAACCCAGAAGAACUUGUUAAAUAUGGUGAACAUGAACAAGAAUGGGGUGGUUAUUUUGUUGUUAAAGGACAUGAAAGAUUAAUUAGAAUGUUAUUACUACAAAGAGCAAAUUAUCCAAUAGCACUUAGAAGAUCUGGUUGGAAAGGUAGAGGUUCAUUAUUUAGUGAUCUUGGUUUAUCAAUAAAAUGUACAAAAGAUGAUCAUACAUCAACAACAAAUACACUUCAUUAUGUUACAAAUGGUACAGCAAAAUUAAAUUUUAUGCAUAAUAAAAGUCAAUAUUACAUUCCAAUUGUUAUGUUAUUAAAAGCAUUAGUAGAUGUAUCAGAUAAAAUUAUUUAUGAUGCACUUAUUGCUGGUAAUGAAAAUGAUAUUUAUUAUAAAGGUUGUGUUGCAAAUAUGUUAAGAGAAAUUCAUGAUGAAGGUUUACAUACACAUGAACGUAUUAAACGUUAUAUUGGUAAAAUAUUUAGAAUUAAAUUACCUGAAUUAUCAGAAGAUUCAACAGAUAUUGAAGUAUGUAAUUUUAUAUUAAAAUAUUGUAUUGCAAUACAUCUUGAUGAUCCACAAGAUAAAUUUAAUUUAUUUGUAUAUAUGACUAAAAAAUUAUUUACUUUAAUAAAUGAAAAAUGUAUUGUUGAAGGUACUGAUUCAGUUAUGAUGCAAGAAUGUUUACUUGGUGGACAUUUAUAUUUACAAACAAUAAAAGAAAGAUUAUUUGCGUGGUUACAAACAUUACGUUUAUCAAUAUUAAAACGUCAACAAAAACAAUGUGGUAUAGGUGAUGAUUAUAAAAUGACUGUACACGAAAUGUUAAUGGCAUUAAAAAUGACAAGUAAACUCGAACAUCAGAUGGAAAAUUUUUUAUCAACUGGUAAUAUUAAAACAGUUUCUGGUCUUGGUCUUAUGCAAACAACUGGCUUGACAAUUGUUGCUGAAAAUAUUAAUAGAAUGAGAUAUAUGAGUCAUUUUCGUGCUAUACAUAGAGGUUCAUUUUUUCAAGAAAUGAGAACAACUGAAGCACGUCAAUUAUUACCAGAUGCAUGGGGUUUUAUAUGUCCAGUACAUACACCUGAUGGUGCACCAUGUGGUUUAUUAAAUCAUUUAACAAAUGAGUGUGUUAUUACAAAACAUCCAAAUAUAAAAUUACGUAAUAAUAUACCACAAGUACUUGUUGAUCUUGGUAUGACACCAUUAUCACUUGCUGAAAAAUGGAAUACAUCAUAUACUGUUAUGCUUGAUGGACGUAUUAUUGGUUUAAUUGAAGACAAUAUUGUAUCACGUAUUGUUGAUAAAUUACGUAUGUUAAAAAUUGCUGGUAAAAAAGUACCAAAUAUGAUGGAAAUUGUAUUUAUAUGUAAAAAAAAAGUACGUUCACAAUAUCCUGGUUUAUUUUUAUUUACUGGACCAUCACGUAUGAUGAGACCAGUUAUAAAUUUAAUUGCAAAUAAAAUUGAAUAUAUUGGUACAUUUGAACAAGUUUAUUUAGAUAUAUGUAUUAAAACAGAAGAAGCACACGAGAAAACAACACAUCGUGAAAUUAAAAAUACAAAUUUUUUAAGUAAUCUUGCAAGUCUUAUACCAAUGCCUGAUUGUAAUCAAAGUCCAAGAAAUAUGUAUCAAUGUCAAAUGGGUAAACAAACAAUGGGUACACCAUGUCAUACAUGGCAUUUACAAGCUGAAACAAAAUUAUAUCGUUUACAAACACCAGCAACACCAUUAUUUCGUCCAGUACAUUAUGAUAAUAUACAACUUGAUGAUUUUGCAAUGGGUACAAAUGCUAUUAUUGCUGUUAUAUCAUAUACUGGUUAUGAUAUGGAAGAUGCUAUGAUUAUAAAUAAAGCAUCAUAUGAUCGUGGUUUUGCACAUGGUAUGAUAUAUAAAUCAGAAUUUGUUAGAUUAAAAAAUAAUAAAAGUUAUUUUAUGCGUGAUCCAGAAAAAAAAAAUUUAUCUGAUACAAUUGCUACGGAUGGUUUACCAGUACCUGGUACUAAAAUUAAACCAGAUGAUCCAUAUUAUUGUAUGUUUAAUGAUGAAGAAAAAAAAUUUAUAAUUGGUAAAUAUAGUGGUAAAGAAGAUGUACAUGUUGAAAAUGUUAGAUUAUGUGGUACACGUGGUGAUAAAUCACCAGGACAAGCGUGUAUUACAUUUAGAUUACCAAGAAAUCCAACAAUUGGUGAUAAAUUUGCAUCAAGAGCUGGACAAAAAGGUAUAUGUUCUAAACUUCAAAAUCCAGAAGAUUUACCAUUUACUGAAAGUGGAAUGGUACCAGAUGUUGUAUUUAAUCCACAUGGUUUUCCAAGUCGUAUGACAAUUGCCAUGAUGAUUGAACUUAUUGCUGGUAAAUCAGCAGCCAUUGAUGGCAAAGUAUAUAGUGCAACACCAUUUAAAUUUAAUGAAAAAAAUACAGCAAUUGAUCAUUUUUCUGAAUUAUUAAAAAAAGUUGGUUAUAAUCAUUUUGGUACAGAACAAAUGUAUUCUGGUUUUGAUGGAAGAUUAAUGAAAGCUGAUAUAUUUUUUGGUAUUGUACAUUAUCAAAGAUUACGUCAUAUGGUAUCAGAUAAAUGGCAAGUUAGAAGUACUGGUCCAAUUGAUGCAUUAACAAGACAACCAUUAAAAGGUAGACGUAGAGGUGGUGGUGUACGUUUUGGUGAAAUGGAACGUGAUUCAUUAUUAUCACAUGGCUGUCCAUAUUUAUUACAAGACAGAUUAUUUCAUUGUUCUGAUAAAACAUCAGCAAUGAUUUGUGGUAAAUGUGGUACACUAUUAGGUCCAAUAGCUGAACUUGUUAAAUGUAAAGAACGUUAUGAAAAUAAACAAAAUUGUCGUCUUUGUAAUGAUGAUAGACAUCUCAAAGAAAUUGAUAUACCUUAUAUAUAUAAAUUUCUUGUUACUCAACUUGCUUCAUGUAAUAUCAAAGUUAAAUCGACAUUAAAUGAUAUAUAA